CUCUCAACCACUAUUCCCGGAACCGUACCUUGUCGCGAGCGCACAACAUGUCGGCAUCCCAACAACCAAGCAGACCAUACUUCCACAACGGCCAAGCCCUCUCAGCCCNCUCCGGUCACCGUGCGCGUCCGCAACUUCUUGGAUAGCGCCUAUGUCUUUGUCGGUCUCUACGUAACCACCUUCUUCUCCUUCGAUCCUGCUGCUGCAGCUGCUGCAUCGCCGUUCAAUGCUAGCAACAAGACUCCCGGCAGAAGACCUGGCUGGGGCUUUGGAGGCAGCAACGGUAAUGGCGGUAGAGGUGGAGGUCCUCCUCCCGGAGGACGCAAGGUUGGCAGGGUGGAUGAUGUGAGAGGACCCGAAUGUAAAUCCUGCAAG